GGAGAUUCAGGAGCAGUACUCCCGGAACAUCCGGCGUCCCCACUGGCAGGACGUGUUAACACCUAGUGACAAGCGAGCCCCUCUGGUAACCUCUCCCCCGCUUACAGCGGCUGCGCGUCGAUCUCCUGAUCUCGGGAAAUCGUGCCUACCAUUUGGCCAGACAUUGAAGCGGAUUUCACGUCGCUUCCGCCCUAUAUCAUUAUCGAGUCCGUCCGCAGAGCCUGUUGCAAGCCGGAACGGCUCCCGCGAGAACCAUAUUCCUGCCCUCCCGCUUCGACCGUCGUUUGAUCUAGACCAGUCUCUGGCGUCUUCAGACGACCACUCCCAGUGGCCCAUCGAUUCCAUUUGGUAUGAGCUCGAGCUUUCACCGAAGAUCCGAGAGGCGUGUAGGGUGGCCCGCCGUGCUGGUUACCGGUACAUCUGGAUAGACUCCUGCUGCAUCGAUAAAUCGAGUAGCUCGGAACUCUCCGAGGCGAUCAACUCGAUGUAUGCCUGGUAUGCUCGAGCGGACGUCUGUUACGCAUUCCUUUGGGACGUGCCAACCAAAGCAGACCAUAGGAAAAUUGGCUCCCGCUUCCGAAGCAGCUCGUGGUUUACUCGCGGAUGGACGCUGCAGGAGCUCCUUGCGUCUCGCGAGGUCAUCUUUCUCUCCGAAGAUUGGAAGGUCAUCGGGACGAAGCACACAUUGUGCGACGUUGUCGAGGAGAUCACAAAUAUCCCGUAUGAUGCUCUAUUGCAGCUGGUGUCGCUCGACCAGUUCAGCGUCGCCCAGCGGCUCUCGUGGGCUGCCUCCAGAAAGACGACGAGGGUGGAAGAUCAAGCAUAUUCACUGCUGGGGAUUUUUGACAUCAACCUGCCCACUCUCUAUGGGGAAGGUGACCGGGCCUUCCGGCGACUGCAGGAGGAGAUCAUGCGGCGGAUUCCGGACCAGAGCCUCUUUGCGUGGAAACACGUGUAUGAGGGCCCCGAGCUCACGGCUGACACACAAGGUCUCACCUUUUCCUGCGACACUCCACGGUUUUGGAUCGACAAACAC